AUGAACAGCCUUGACGAAUUUGAGAAAAUUCUAGCGGAGGAGAAGGAAGCCAGGGAGAGGGAAGAGAAAUAUGGCAGGAAGAAGGAUCGGGAUCCUGGGAAACACAGACACAGAUCAGGUCAUAAGCUGCGCGAUGCUCAUGACGAGGAACGCUUUAGGGAUUAUCACAGGCACAAGAGGUCGAGAGCAUCAAGGGACGGUGAAGAAGAAGGCCACCGAAGAAGCCACAAGCACGCAAAAGCCUCGGAUCCGCACGAAGAUUUGCCAAACCUAGACGAUGAGCAGCCAGACAUCACCCCCAAACCGACACGCGAUUCCUGGAUGGAAGCACCUUCUGCGAUGGAUAUCGAUUACACUCAGAAGGGUAUAAAGAAAUUAGCCAAGGCUCCACCUCCGAAGCCAGACUACGACUUGAAAAUCCACAAGAAUGAGCUCAAUCUACAGCUACAGGACCUAGCGGAUGGAAAGAAGCUCCAGGAUAUAGAGGUAGGAAAAGACGUUGAGUACACCUUCGGUGAUUCUGGGGCACAAUGGAGGAUGACAAAGCUCAAGGCUGUGUAUAAACAGGCUGACAAAAGUGGAAAAUCGAUCGAUGAGGUUGCCCUGGCUCGCUUUGGGGAUUUGAAGAGCUUCGAUGACGCUCGAGAAGAGCAGAUUGAACUGGAUCGUCGACGGACUUAUGGAGAAGGUUACGUAGGAAAAGAGAAACCAAGUGGGGAGCUAUUCCAGGAACGAAUGCUGAGAUUGGGGACUCGACGACAGCACGAAGAAACAAGAAAGGAGCCAAUACAAUUACCACGGGCAGUUGUGCAGGAAGAGCCUGCUGAGUUUGCCGCUGUAUCGGACUCAACUACUCUGAAUCGGUUGAAGGCCCAACUCAUGAAGGCGAAGCUCAAGAAGAGCCCGGACGCCGAGAGACUUGAGAGAGAGUACGGCGAAGCUAUGGCUAGCUUUACCAGAAAUCGAUCGGACCCAGGCGUGGUAGUGUUAGGGGUGAUGGAUAAUCGCAUGCUAGCGGGUAGCCGAGGGGAAGUCAAGUCAAUUGACAACAAAAGAGGACGAGAGAGAGGCCUUGUUCAAGAUAAUGAGGACAUGAGCAUUGAUGACAUGGUCCGCGAAGAACGUCGAACAAGGGGUCAAGCUGGAGGUGAGGGCAUGAGAGCUGCAGAGAGAAUCGCUAAAGACGUCAAGUUUGAUGAUGAUCUGGAUUAUAUGGACGACAACGCCAACAAACUCGCCAAGCGAGUACAGAAAUCUGAGAUCAACCUUAAGAACGCUGCCGUAGGAGAGUUCCAGAAGAUGAACAGGAUCCUGGACUCCUGUCAACUCUGUCAUCACGAAGACAAAAAUCAAGCCCCCGUCGCUCCCCUCAUAUCAUUGGGUACACGAGUAUAUCUAACAUUGCCAACCGAGCCUGAGCUCAGUGAAGGUGGUGCGGUCAUUGUUCCAAUUCAGCACAGAACAAAUCUCCUAGAUUGUGAUGACGAUGAAUGGGAAGAGAUCCGGAACUUCAUGAAGAGCCUCACUCGGAUGUAUCACGACCAAGGCCGUGAUGUAGUCUUUUACGAGAACGCGGCAACUCCGCACAGAAAAAUGCACGCCGCAAUGCAGGCUGUGCCCUUACCUUAUAGCCUUGGUGAAACAGCCCCAGCUUUCUUCAAGGAGGCGAUCCUCUCAUCCGACGAAGAAUGGACACAACACAAAAAAUUGAUAGAUACGGCUACACGAGCACGAGACGGUUUGGGCAAGUCGGCUUUCCGCCGUUCAAUUGCCAAGGAGAUGCCAUACUUCCAUGCGUGGUUCAAUCUGGAUGGAGGUCUUGGCCAUAUUGUUGAAGAUUCAAAUAGAUGGCCGAAAGGAGAUUUGUUUGCACGGGAGAUCAUUGGAGGGAUGCUCGACAUUGAGCCUGAUGUGAUAAAGAGGCAAGGUCGUUGGCACCGAGUGGAUAAACGCCUCGAUGACUUCCGUGCGCGUUGGAAAAAGUUCGACUGGACGAGAGUGCUUACUGAUGGGUAG